AAGCUUCAGAUGGGCUGCUCUGCAACCGGAGCCUGGGCCAGGACUGAGUGAGGCGGAGGGAUGAUGUGACAGCAGCUCCGCUUCCUGGCAUCACCUGCACCAGGGCCGGGCACACCUUUUCGUGAGCCAGCUCCUCGGACUCAGCAAACCUGCGAGUGGGACACGCACCCUCAUUCACAGGAAGAGCUCGCUGACGGUGCGGGCCAUGGACUGUGUCACCUCCACGGCCGUCCUGUCCCUGCUGCUCGGCUGCGUGGGCAUCUUCAGCCUCUUCAAGCUGCUGCAGUGCCUGCGGAUGAAGGCCCACCUCCAGGACGCCGUGGUGGUCAUCACGGGCGCGACCUCGGGCCUGGGGCGAGAGUGUGCCAAGGUCUUCCACGCCGCGGGCGCGAAGCUGGUGCUCUGCGGCCGGAACAGAGAGGCCCUGGAGCAGCUCGCCAAAGAACUCGCCGCUUCUCGGGCCUCCGAGGUGCAGACACACACGCCUCGCACGGUGACCUUCGACCUGGCGGACACCGGGGCCACCGUUGCGGCCGCAGCUGAAAUCCUGCAGUGCUUCGGUCACGUGGACGUGCUCGUCAACAACGCGGGUGUCAGCUACCGCGGCGCCAUCCUGGACACCCCCGUGGACGUGGACAGGAGAGUCAUGGAGACCAACUACUUCGGCCCCAUUGCUCUGACGAAAGCGCUCCUGCCCUCCAUGGUCCAGCGGCGGCGGGGCCACGUGGUCGCCAUCAGCAGCGUGCAGGGCAAGAUCAGCGUCCCCUUCCGGUCUGCCUAUGCAGCCUCCAAACAUGCAACCCAGGCCUUCUGUGACUGUCUGCGCGCAGAGCUGGAGCAGCAUGGGGUCUUCGUGACCGUGCUCAGCCCCGGCUACAUCCGCACCAACCUCUCCCUCAACGCCAUCGCCGCCGACGGCUCCAGAUAUGGAGUUAUGGACGAGACCACCGCCCAGGGCCGAGUGCCUGCGGACGUGGCCCGAGACAUCCUGGCUGCCGUGGUGAAGAAGAAGGAGGACGUGGUCCUGGCCAGCCUGGCGCCUUCGUUGGCCAUUUACCUGCGAACGCUGGCCCCCGCGCUCUUCUUCCGCCUCAUGGCCUCCCGGGCCCGGAAGGAGCAGAAGCCCAAGGACUCCUAGUGCCACCGCAGGGCUGUUGUCCUGGGUGCUUGUCGGGGUGGAGGCCCGAGGCACUUCCCCUGCAGAGCCCUGGCCGGCCUGCGGGGCGAGACCGGAGCACAGCGGCAACAGGCCUCCCGCCACGAGGCCGGCCCUGAGGAGUAAGGAGCUGGGUUUUAAUGCUGAGAACAUGAAAUAAACACCAAUGGAUGGACACAUGA